CCAUUCAUUCAGUCUCCAACAUUUCCGACCUCCAUCAGUCCUUCGCGGUGCGCCGCAUCCACUACCCGUGCUGCAGCUUCUCAUCCCGGCGUCUCUCUCUGAGCCUAGUUGGUCUGACUGAGUCUGUGGAGUUUCAGGGUGAAAACAUGAGUCCUGGUUCCCGGAGCUGGUCUUGGUUCCUGCCGUGCAUAGUGAGCCUGAUCGCCCUGAGCCGGGCUCUGGAGCUGGAAGAGCUGUUUGAGUUUGGAGAAGAAGCCGGAGACCUGCAGCUGUCGCCGGGUUCCGACUCCUCCGCCGCGCUGCCUCUGAACCGGUCCAUGUUCUUCUUCACGGGGACUUUUGACCAAGUUUAUAUAAACACCAAUGGGUUUGUGGCUGUUGAGUCCCCUCCUGAUGAGAAGGAAUAUUUGGGGAAGAUGCCUGGCAGUUUCAAAAUGAUAGCAGCUCUGCUGGGAGACCUGGACAACAGUGAUGGACAGGGACAAGUCCACUUCAGGAAGGACAACAGCCUGGACAUACUGAGUCGAGCUGCUGAGCACAUCAGACAAGCUUUCCCCAGAGAGAAAGAAGUGGAGCUCACCCAAGUCUUCAUCAUCACCUGGGAGAACCUGGUGGCCCAGGGAACGUCCGGACGAGGGGACGGGCUGGAUGCCAAGAGAAACACCUUCCAGCUUGUCGUAGCCUUGACCAAGUCCACUUCCUACGCCAUUCUGUUGUAUCCCAAAAAUGGCCUGCAAUUCCUCUCCACGUCAGUAGGGGAGGAGAAUAAGCUGCUAGAGGCCGGCUUCAAUGAAGGCAGCACUGCUGGCUGGUUCUGGAACACAAAACAGGGGACGUACUUCCGCAUCACUACCAAUGAAGAGACCUCCAUCCGGGAGCUUACCACAAAGACAAAUUCUGCAAGGAAUGGAGUUUGGGUGUACAAGAUUGGCCCCUCAUCAGCAUUUAUUACCAUUGAACCAGGAAUGACCACUAGUUCCCCUGAGGACACCACCAAACCUCCUGUUACCAUGUUGCCAAGGCAAACAGAUGAACCACAUGAGCUGGACUUUACAACCUAUAGAUACCAAGUGGUAAGGACAACUGAUGCAGUUCCAGAGGAUAAGGAUGAAUUUCCAACAAGAAUCCCCACUGGAGACCAAUCCAGUGACCCAGAGGCUAAGACUGUCUCACCAGGUUAUACUGAGCAGGAAUACCCCGAGCCAGAGACUAUCACACCAAUGCCCACCAGCCUUGAAAACAUUCAACAGCAGUACCCGGACCAGUCUGGGUCAAGAUACCACACUCCAGAGAGUUUGCAACCAUUUAAGAACAUAACUGAAUCACAACAGGCUCCAGUUGACCCAAGGUACCCUGACUCUGAUGUGGAUGAACCGCAUUACACCAGCCGUGAACCUGCUCAACCAGUGCGGCCUCGUUCACGUCCACAGCACCCCCAGAUUGUUGUGGUGGAUGAAGAUCUGGAUGUGGAUGUAUUUGCAUACAAUUUGGAGACAUGUGCCCGCAACAGGAACAAAUGCUCGGCUUUUGCUGACUGCCGAGAUUACAGCAAUGGCUACUGCUGCCAAUGUAGACCUGGUUUCUAUGGCAAUGGAAAAGAUUGUGUUGCAGAAGGUAAACCCCAGAGGAUGAAUGGAAAGUUAAAUGGUCGCGUGUUUGUGGGGGGCUCACCAGUUGAGCUUGAUAACAAAGAUUUGCACGCAUACGUGGUGGCUAAUGAUGGAAGAGCCUAUGUUGCCAUCAGCAGCAUCCCAGACAGCGUGGGCCCCUCCCUGCAACCACUGUCCUCUCUCGGGGGCAUCAUUGGAUGGGCCUUUGCUCUGCAGCAGCCUGGAUACCAGAACGGAUUCAGUCUCAUUGGAGGAGUGUUUUCCCGGCAGGCUGAUGUGGUCUUUCAGCCUGGUAAUGAACGACUGAUCAUCAAGCAACAGUUCAAAGGAAUCGAUGAGCACGACCAUUUGGUAGUGAGCACAGAGCUGGAAGGACGUCUGCCAGUCAUCCCACAGGGAUACUCUGUCCAGAUAAACCCGUACAAGGAGAUCUACCAGUAUGACAAAAACUUGAUCACUUCCUCCUCCAGCCGCGACUACACCAUCAUCUCCCCUGACGGCAAUGCUCAGACCAGAAGCUACCAGUGGCGUCAAACCAUCACCUUCCAGAGCUGCCCACAUGAUGAGGCCACCAGUGUGGCCCAGUCCACCCAGCAACUCAGUGUGGACCAGAUCUUUGUAAUGUUUGAUGCUCAAAACCAUCUGAUCCGCUACGCCAUGACCAACAAGAUUGGCUCAGUCCACAACGAUCCUCCGGAGCAGAACCCCUGUUUCACGGGCCGUCAUGGCUGUGACAUCAGCGCUGCGUGCAGACCUGGGGAAGGCCUCCAGUUCAGCUGUGAAUGUACAACUGGUUUCAUUGGAGAUGGUCGCUACUGUGUUGAUAUGGAUGAGUGUCAGGAGACUCCUCGGGUCUGUGGACCCAACGCUGUCUGCAGUAAUCAGCCUGGAACUUUCCGCUGCGAAUGCUCCACUGGCUUUGUGUUCGCCAGCGAUGGAAAGACCUGUAUUGAGGAGAACCGCCCGGUGGAUCACUGCCAGAGAGGAAGUCAUGACUGUGACGUUGCAGAGAGAGCACGGUGCAGCUACAGCGGAGGAUCGGCCUACACGUGCUCCUGUCUGCCAGGUUUCCAUGGUGACGGCCGACUGUGUCAUGAUGUAGAUGAUUGUCAGCAGGAUCCAUGCCACCGCGAGGCUCUCUGCUCCAACACACAGGGUUCCUUCAUCUGCCAGUGUCGUCCAGGUUACCAGGGAGACGGCUUCCAGUGCAGUCCUGCAUCGUCAGAGCGUGAGAGGACACCGUGUGAGCUGCAGAGAGAGAAAGCCCAGGCUGCCAGCUCCUCUGGUUCUGGGUUAUUCUCUUUCUUCCGUCCUCGGCCGACACCGUACACCCCACAGUGUGACCAACAUGGAGCCUUUGAACCAACGCAAUGCCACACCAGCAUUGGACAGUGUUGGUGUGUGGACGCCAAGGGCCUGGAGAUCCCCAACACCCGCACCGGACCCGGCAGUACUCCUCUGUGCAUCAACCAGGCUGUGACUCCCUCUCCAUCGGGUCCGACCCCACGGCCCGACGUCCACCCCGUCGCUCCGGGAACCCAUCUGCUGUUCGCUCAGAGUGGGAGAAUCGAACAUGUCCCGCUGGAUGGCUACAGGAUGAAGAAAGAAGAGGCCAAACCUCUGCUUCACCUCCCCGACCGCGUGGUGAUCGCUGUGGCCUUCGACUGCGUGGAGAGGAUGAUUUACUGGACAGACAUAACUGGACCAGCGAUCAGCAAGGCCAGUCUGGAUGGAGGAGACAUUGUCCCGCUCAUCACUAAAGAGCUGCAGAGUCCUGAAGGCAUCGCCAUUGACCACGUGGCCCGGCUCGUCUUCUGGACCGACUCCAUGCGGGACACCAUAGAGGUCUCUAAGCUGGACGGCAGCCAGCGCCGAGUCCUGUUUGACACCGAUCUGGUCAACCCUCGACCCAUCGUCACCAACCCAGCAUACGGGCGACUCUACUGGGCAGACUGGAACAGAGACGGGCCUAAAAUCGAGAUGUCCAACAUGGACGGAACAGAUCGGAGCAUCCUGGUCAAAGAUGACCUAGGGCUUCCUAACGGUUUGACUUUUGACUUGGAUAACCAGCAGCUCUGCUGGGCAGACGCAGGGACACGGAGGGUGGAGUGUAUGGAUCCUCACCGGCAGCUGCGGAGGCAGAUAGCUGAAGGGAUCCAGUAUCCGUUUGCUCUGGUCUCCUUUGGAAGGAGCCUCUACUACAGUGACUGGAGGAGGGAGGCCAUUGUUGCCGUGGACCGUCACUCAGAGAAAGAGACCGACGAGUUUCUGCCACAGAGACGCUCCCGACUCUAUGGCAUCACCACGACAUCGACACAGUGUCAGCAAGUUUAUAACUACUGCUCCGACAAUGGCGGCUGUUCCCACCUGUGUCUUCCACGGCUCGGAGGCUUUAGCUGUCGCUGUCCGGACACCGCUGAUGGUCGGUGUGUGGAACGGAAUUUGUGAGGGCGCAGAAUGCCCCAUCACCACCACCACCAGCUGCUGCUGCAAGGAAAUAAACACACCUUAUUGGCUUUUUUUACUUGAAAAGAACUCAGAUCAUUUUAGAGGUCUUCUGUGUUUUCAUCCAGUCUUAGCUCACGUAUUUAUGAUGUCAUACUUCAGGUGGGAUGAGUCACUUCCUGUUACUGUUAAAAGUCAGAUGGUUUAUUUAUCAAUCUGUGACCAGAACUCCUGCAUCAAGAGUUUCAGAAACAUGAAUGCAGGUUUGUUUGCUUGUUUUUUUUGUUUGUUUGUUUUUUUAGGUGGCAGAUGACUGGGCAGGCAAUAAAUAAACAAAUAAACAAUAUACAUUUGAAAAUUUACUUAAAAAAUCAACUUCAUAUUGAUUCUAAGAUUUUUUGUGCCUUUUCUGACCUCCCUGAUGCUUCUACCAGAUGUGGUCUUUGAUGCGAUGAAACAGUCCAGUGUUUUUGUAGCUGUGAACAAAGUUCCCAAAGGUCUUAAAAUGUUUAACAUUUUUUUAAAAAAAAGCUUGUCAGGUUUAUGAUUUUUUUCUCGUAUAUUUGUGUAUUCUGUGCAGUUAAAUGUGAAGAAUCUCUUCAGGAUUUCCAGACUUGGCUUUUUACUUCUUGUUCUCUAAUGCAGUAGAAAAGUCCUCAGAUUUCAUCUUCUGAAAGUCUUCUUCACCUCUAACCAGUUGGUGGGGAGUUUCUGCUUCUAUUCACACCUUAACGUCACAUGAUGUCACCGACUCACCUGAUCAACCUGUUCAGGCCAUUUCACCAAAAAAAGAAAGUCAAGGCUGCACUGAGACCCAGUUUAAGAUCCAAUUUUAGCUGUAAAACCUGUUUCAGGACCUCCUAGCACCAGUUCACACACUGCAAAAAUGCUCCAUCUUCAUAUAAAGGAAAAAAAAACACUUAGAUGAAAAGACUGUGAGUUAAUCUGACAGUGCAGUUACAUAUUUACUCCUGGGAAGAUUUCCUGAAAUAGAAAAAAAAAAUCCAGGCAAGUGGUGAAAAUCUCAUUUUAGGUUUAUGUUUAAAAAAAGAAGAAAAAAAAGCUACUAGCCCAGGAGAAACUGAACUAGAUGAAUCUUCUGAGUUGAAUAUUUGCCUAUGAGGCAGUGCACACGGCACAGCUGAUCGUGGCUCUGGUGGAAAAGUGGGUUGAUCAAUAACUGGAAGGUUGAUCAUUUGAUUCCUGCCAACUGUGAAUGGUGCAAACUGGCAUGAGUUUAGGUUCUAAUCAAGUAUUAUUGAUUUAAUUUGGUGUUAAAUCUUUGUCUUAUUUUUAAGAGAAUUAGACUACUGACAGCAAAAAGGAAUCAUCUUGUUUAGUUUCCCUUUUUUAAGAUCUUGAGUGAGUCAUGUGAAUGUUCCUUUAACGUUUAUAAGCCACAACUCCCUACAAACUGGUUAGGAGUGAAGACACCUUUCGGAUAAUGGUGCAGUUGUUCUUUAGCUCUUAGGAUUACCAUGACCGGGAUGACUGAGGAUCUGCACCAGUCUAAGUCUGCCGUGGUGAUGGAGGACUUCUCUGUUUUAUUAUAAACCAUUUAAAGCCAUAAGAUGUGAAACUACCAGAGCCAUUUCUUUUGUUUUAUGAUGUAAAUAACAGUUAAUGGAACAAUAUUAAUGAGCUAGAAAAAAGAAAAACAACAAAAACAGCUAUAUAAUCUUGGUUAAUUAUAUUUUGGAUGAUCAUUUAUAAAUUAAGCUUUUCAGGUGAAAUGUUAUCUCUGCCGAUAAGAAAUUCUCCUUUAUGACACGAUUUUUUCUGUCCUGUGACUGAUGAGCUCAGUUGGGUUUCAAUGGUUGCGAUUUUAUUAAAACUCCCUCAUUUGCUUUAAAACUCACACUAUCUUUUUAUAUGAACUUGUAAAUAAUGACCUUAUAUGCAGAUGAUGUACUCUUUUCUUUGUAUUUACUAAUGUUAGCCCGGGUUUUACCUGAUGAUGAUGACUGUGAAGGUGCAGGUCAUAUCCAGAGACCAUGUUCAUGUAUGUAGGGAAAAAAAUCCACUUCAAUUUUACUAGAACCAGUUGGUUUUAAACUCUUUAGGUUUUUUUUAGGAAACUCGACUCAAGUUGUUUUCAGGAAAUGGACAAAGUUCAGCUUCAGUUUCAUAAGAACUGAAUAAAACUGGCAAUGUGGAUUUAUCACAUGACCAUGCUAGAUGCUUCCAUGUAGAUCCCUCCUUUGUCAGGAUUGUUGCAGUGUGGAGAAUAACUCUUGUUAUCUGUGCCUGCAGUCCUGCUGGCUGCUCUCAUGCGUCAUCUCAGGUUUGUUAGCAGGAAAUGCUCUGUAUCUACUGACCAUUAAACACAGAUGUCACAUUUAAAGCCUGUCCAGCCUUAAUAAAACCAGUUUUUAACCGAUCAGAUCUCUGUUUCA